AGUGAGACCCUUCUCCUACAACUAUUUUAAGUGUGGCCUACAUAAAAAAAUCUUACCGCAUAUCACAAGGCAGUUCUUCCCAACAAGUCCUAUAAAAUGGGCACCACGUCUGAGCUCCAAUGCCUACAACCUAGGUACUACCGACAUUAAAAAUUAGUCCCUUUUUCCCAACAUUACAAUGGGGAAGAUUAAUCUUCCAUUGUUAUGUUACUUUCUUGUAUUUAGUCUUACAAAAUGGCCAACAUUUGCAACACCAACAUCAAAAACAGAUAAUAAUAUUAAUAAUAAUGGUGGGUUAAGCAGAAAGAGCUUCCCUAAAGGUUUUGUUUUCGGCACAGCCACAUCUGCCUACCAAGUAGAAGGCAUGGCUCACAAAGAUGGCCGUGGCCCUAGCAUUUGGGAUGAAUUCAUCAAAAAACCCGGGAUUGUGGCCGGUAAUGCAACUGGUGAGGUCUCAGUGGACCAGUACCAUCGCUAUAAGGAAGAUGUUGAUAUAAUGGCAAACCUUAACAUGGAUGCAUACCGUUUCUCAAUCUCAUGGUCUAGAAUUUUCCCAGAGGGUGCUGGAAAAGUAAACUGGAAGGGAGUGGCUUAUUACAAUAGACUGAUUGAUUAUUUGCUUACACGAGGCAUUACACCUUAUGCAAAUCUUUAUCAUUAUGAUCUUCCUCUAGCUCUGGAGAAGAAAUACAAGGGUUUGCUUAGCCCUAACGUUGUGAAGGAUUUUGCAGACUAUGCAGAUUUUUGUUUCAAGACAUUUGGGGACAGAGUCAAGAAUUGGUUUACUUUCAAUGAGCCAAGAGUUGUAGCUGCACUUGGGUAUGAUAACGGCUUUUUUGCUCCAGGAAGAUGCUCUAAAGAAUACGGUAACUGCACAGAGGGGAAUUCAGGCACCGAACCAUAUAUUGUAGCUCACCAUUUGAUUUUAUCUCAUGCCGCAGCUGUUCAAAGAUACCGCGAAAAAUAUUUUGCGAAACAAAAGGGAAGGAUCGGAAUUUUGCUCGAUUUUGUGUGGUAUGAACCACUUACAAGAGGAAAGGAAGACAAUUAUGCAGCUCAAAGAGCUCGCGACUUUCAUGUUGGAUGGUUUAUUCAUCCAAUUGUAUAUGGUAAAUAUCCAAAGACAAUGCAAAAUAUAGUGGGAGAAAGACUACCCAAAUUCACACCAGAAGAAGUGAAGAUGGUUAAAGGAUCCAUAGAUUAUGUAGGCAUCAAUCAAUAUACAGCUUAUUACAUGUAUAAGCCACACUUACAGAGCAAGCCUAAAACCCGUGGCUACCAGCAGGAUUGGGAUGCCGGUUUUAAUUUCACUAAAAAUGGUGUCCCAAUUGGUCCACAGGCAAAUUCUUAUUGGCUCUAUGAGGUACCAUGGGGAUUAUACAAGGCUAUAAACUAUAUCAAGGAACGCUAUGGCAAUCCUACAGUCAUCCUAUCUGAGAAUGGUAUGGAUGAUCCAGGAAACGUGACUCUUCCGGAAGGAUUGCAUGACAUGAAAAGAAUUCAUUACUACAAAAGCUACUUGUCGGAACUGAAAAAGGCCAUCGAUGAAGGAGCAAACGUAGUAGGGUACUUUGCGUGGUCAUUAGUCGACAAUUUCGAAUGGAGAUUGGGAUACACUUCUCGAUUUGGAAUUGUUUAUGUUGAUUAUAAAGACCUUAAGAGGUACCCAAAACAGUCUGCAUACUGGUUCAAGAAAAUGCUUAGUAGAGACUAGACGUACUACACUAUGAUAUCGCUCGAGGGUCAUAACACACACUUUAAUUCAUUAUGAAUUAUAAUGCUCUGUCAAAUUGCAAUGACACCUUUGAUAUAUGUUUGCUAUUUCAUGUAAUGUUUUUAAGUUCAAUAAAAAGAUGUUCUUGUUGGAAAAUUAACACA